AAGCUAUCAACGUCACCUGCAACUACAACCCCCGCGCCGCCCACUGCUCAGAGCAGUAUAAUUACUCUGAUUUGGCUUCAAACAGCAGUCUUUCUCAGUUAAAGAACAACAUUGAUGCGCACCGUACUUUUUGACCAAGUUCCGUCAACCCGGUGGGGUGUUCGCCAGAGACAUGGCAACCAAAAUUUUCGUCUUUGGCAGUGUCAAUGGACAACUCAAGUCUGCCUUUGCUAAGCUAGCGACCCUCCAAGCCAAGAACAAUUUCGCCUUUGCUGUCGUCGCGGGCAACCUAUUCACCGAAGCAGACGACGAUUCUGUCGCUGCACUGCUCAAUGGCACACUCAAAGUCCCACUACCAACCUACUUUACCGUCGGCUCAACUCCGCUACCACCUCAAAUCGUCGAGAAGAUCGUGGCCGAGGAGGAGAUAUGCGAAAACCUCCACUAUCUCAACAAGCGAAGCGUGACCAAGACUUCCGAGGGCGUGCGGAUCGCAACAUUGGGCGGCCUGCUCGACACCAACAUUGCAGGGCAGUCCAAGGAACACCACCUCCCGUUUCAUACCGCCGACGAUGCCAAGGCGCUGCGCGGCGUCAACUCCGCCGAUAUCCUGCUCACUACAACAUGGCCAGCGGCAGUGUCCAACGGCUCCCGCGUCAACCUCACAGUUGACCCGACGACGAUUCCUAGCAGCGAGACCGUGGCUGAUCUCUGCGCUGCUCUCAAACCGAAAUACCACUUCGCGAUGAAUACAUCCGAUGUCUUCUACGAGCGCGAAGCCUUCUUCCAUCCGCCAAAGAGCGAGGGUGAGACCAGCUUUGACAUCACGCGGUUUCUAUCUCUUGCUAGCUUCGGCAACUCGAGCAAGGCGAAGGCGAUGUACGCAUUCACCCUGCAGACCGAGACAGUAUCGAUACUCCCUACCGGUACUACCGUCUCGCCAUUCUACAAAAGCGGGCCCAGAAAGCGAACUGCAGAUGAGGCCGAGGGCUACUCGCGCUUUGCUAGAGAGGAUGAUGGAGACCGUCGGAAUAAUAAGAGGCGAAGAAACGACAGGAACAGGUCUCCCCCGCCUGGACCAGACCGUUGCUUCUUUUGCCUGUCGAAUCCGAACCUACCGACCCAUAUGGUCUGCACAAUCGGCGAGGAUGCGUACAUUGCUACUGCCAAGGGACCGCUCCCGUCCGCACAGACUUUCCAGGAACAGGGCCUCAACUUUCCAGCUCACAUGAUUAUCGUACCGCUCACUCACGCCCCGACUUUGACCACCAAGCAUAUGGGACCCGAGGCCGAAGUCACCUUCAAAGAAUGCACACGCUUCCGCGAAUCGCUGCAAGCCAUGGUAUCCUCUCUGAGCAAGCACAAGUUGGGGACCGUAUCGUGGGAGAUUAGCAGAGAGCGCGGCAUUCACCCUCACUGGCAAGUCAUGCCAAUUUCAACCGACAUGAUAAAGAAAGGUCUCGUCGAGGCGGCGUUUCAAGUCGAGGCGGAGAACACAAAGUUGCCAAAGCUUGAGGAACGCGAUUUUGGCCUAGGCGAUGAAAUCGAGGGAGAUUAUUUCCGCGUGUGGAUACACGCCGAGAACGAUGACGAGAAUGGAGGCAGCAUAAUCAGCAAAUGCCUCCUGAUGCGCUUCGAUCAGAGUGUACGAUUUGACCUCCAAUUUGGUCGCAAGGUCAUGGCAAAACUGCUAGGCUUGGAUAAGCGCUUUCAGUGGCGCGACUGCGUCCAGACCGAACAGGAGGAGAAGCAGGACGCGGAUGCUAUCCGCGAGGCGUUCAAGCCCUGGGACUUUACGGCUUAAUGGCAUAAUUUUGAAACUUGACAAAAAGCAGCGCGAUGAAGUGGCAAAGGCGCAUUUUUUGCAUGGAGUCUCGGCGUAUCUGGGCUUGAAAAAACAUAUUUGCAUAUUCUCGAUUGGGUAGAGUAGGUACCCAAGUAAGGACCUCAGGUAGCUUUGCGAUGCUCAAAAAAAUCCAAAUAUUAAAUUGGCAGAAUUUUAGACAAUACCAUGGAUUGAUGGGCUGGGACUUUGUCAUGGGCAA